GGGGCGGAGCGGGGAGGGGCGGGAACCGGGCUGCUCAGGCUGCGGCUGCGCGUUGCGGCUCUUCGUAGUUCGCCCGGGCGGGCGCGGCGGCGGCAGAGGCAGAGGCGGAGGCGGAGGCGGCGGCGCGGGCAGGGAUGCGGCGCUACCUGCGGGUCGUAGGGCUGUGCCUGGCCUGCGGCUUCUGCUCGCUGCUGUACGCCUUCAGCCAGCUCGCGGUGUCCUUGGAGGAAGGAGCGGCCGGAGGCCGCAGGCCGCAGGCCGCGGUGGUUUCCUGGCUGGCGGACGGCAGACGCGGCGCCGGGAGAGGCGCGGGCAGCGAGGGCCCGGGCCGGACGGGCAGGUGUAAAGAGUUCUCUCUCUGUUACUGGAAUCCCUAUUGGAUGCUGCCCUCUGAUGUUUGUGGAAUGAACUGCUUUUGGGAAGCGGCUUUUAGGUACACUCUGAAGACAAGGCCCGAGGAGAAAAUGCACCUUGCUGUCGUUGCCUGUGGUGAGAGACUGGAAGAAACUGUGACUAUGUUGAAGUCAGCUCUGAUCUUCAGCAUCAAGCCACUGCACGUCCACAUUUUUGCUGAAGACCAACUGCACAAUAGCUUUAAAGACAGACUUGACAGCUGGUCCUUUCUACCGAGGUUUAACUAUAGCCUGUACCCCAUCACCUUCCCCAGCGACAGUGCCGUGGAGUGGAAGAAGCUCUUUAAGCCCUGUGCUUCCCAGAGGCUGUUCUUGCCGUUAAUACUGAAAGAAGUUGACUCACUGUUGUAUGUGGACACUGAUAUCCUUUUUUUACGACCUGUCGAUGAUAUUUGGUCAUUACUAAAGAAAUUUAAUUCCACACAAAUCGCUGCGAUGGCACCAGAACACGAAGAGCCCAGAAUUGGAUGGUAUAAUCGCUUUGCCCGGCAUCCGUACUACGGGAGGACGGGCGUGAACUCUGGAGUGAUGCUGAUGAACAUGACCCGGAUGAGGGGGAAGUACUUCAAGAACGAUAUGACAACUGCGCGGCUACAGUGGGGAGACAUACUUAUGCCAUUGCUUAAAAAAUACAAACUAAACAUCACGUGGGGUGAUCAAGAUCUGUUAAAUAUCAUGUUUUUUCAUAAUCCAGAGAGCCUUUUUGUUUUUCCCUGUCAAUGGAAUUACCGACCAGAUCACUGUAUAUAUGGAAGCAACUGCCGCGAAGCAGAAGAAGAAGGAGUCUUUAUUCUUCAUGGAAACAGAGGGGUUUACCAUGACGACAAGCAGCCAGCGUUUAGAGCUGUGUACGAAGCACUAAGAAAUUGUUCUCUUGAGGAUGAUUCCGUCCGUUCCUUACUAAAACCUUUAGAACUGGAAUUACAGAAGACAGUUCACACGUACUGUGGAAAAACGUACAAACUGUUUAUCAAGCAGUUGACAAAGAGCAUAAGAAACCGUUAUGACACUCCACCGAAGGAAAGGUGAUUCUUCGCGACUGAAGUAAAUGGAUGAAACAGCAGCGCCUCAGGAGAUGUGAAGGAAUAGUAUUGGAAAAGGAUUUAGGGAGACAUUUCUGUCUCCAGAACAACCCUCUCUGGAAGAAUGAAAGAGCAGUCUAUUCAUGCCAUGAAGGAUAAGCCUAAACCCUUGUGCUCCAGUAAGAAGACACUUUGAUCUCUGAUAUUUUGUAGUGUUACUUGGUGUCAUUCCAGCGUUAAUGAAAGCAUUGGACAGUGUGGGCUGUGAGCUGGGUUGGCUCUUAAUCAAGUAAGGAAGGACUGGGAGGAUGGAUGGAGAAAAUGUACCUCGAACAUAGUGGAGACAUUCAAGCUGUGAGUGUAGCAAUAAUUUAUGUCAGCACUAACCUCACUUUAAAGUGUGAGAAAAAGUUUACAGGAGCAGAAAGGUUCUGUUUCUUAAGAAAUGUGAUGUAACCAAUGUAACCAUUGACAAUCUAUGUACCCGCAUACAUUUCAUCUCUGCUCUACAAUAUUUGGUGACAAUCAUGUUUGAGAUUAUUUGUAGAUUUUAAGUAAGCUGCACAUUUAAAAAUUAGCUGUAUGAAAAAGGAGAAAAUAGUGAAAACUUAAAGGAGGCAUUGUGUGUAUGAGUGUGUGUGUGUGUGUGUGUGAAUGCGUGUGCGUUUGUCUGUGUGUGUGUGUGUUGACAAAUGAAGUGUGUUCAUUUUGUAUGUAUUAAACUGUCUUGCCAAACCUAAGCUCUAAGAUAUUUGGGGACAUUUUAAAAAUCACUUUAAGUGAAAAAUUUCAGCUUUACUGGGCAUUCUGGAAGCAAAAUAUAUUAUGCUGAGAAUAAAGUAAGAACCUAAGCGCAACACUAACAGGAUGGUGGAAAAUGUCACGGACCAAAUACAUAAGCCUGGGAGAUUAACAGUGGUCCAUUCAGACUCUCCUUCUACCUCAAGGCACAUUUCCAGGAUCCUUUUGAAGAGGCAGAUGCAGAGCCUUACUUUAGAUUAGACAGAUGUGGAGAAAGAAGAUUUUUAUAUCUAGCUGUAGAAAAAGUCGUUUUGAUUUGGGUAAAUGUGCAUUUCUUAUUUUGAACACCAUUGAAGACAGUUGCCUUUUUAAAGUCUGGAAGAUGAGAAACAUUGCUCCUUGCUCAUCUUGCCUGGACACCUAAUGUAUUCUGAGUGGGUCUGGGGCACAGAUUUCUUCCUACCAGGUGCUCCCGGGUCCUGGGCUGUCUUUUUUCUCUUGGAUUUUUAAUGCUUACAUGAAGAAAGGGAAGUUAUGAAGGAACAAACAGUAUCAGUUGUGAAGACCUCGUAUCCUCUGUAGGAAUAUCCAAAAGAAGUGAUCAGAACAGUUGUUCCAACUUCUGUAGUUCAGCCAGAGACGGACUGAGAAGGUUUAAACCACCAUCGAAAGUAUCUGCCAGGAGAGGAAUUGCUAACUAGCUCAGUGUUCAGAUAGGCUGAGGGAGUGGCAGCCAUGAUUCCUUGCCAGAAUGCCAUCGUAAAGUAAGAUCUUGUGGACUGUGUUCAGUUUAGCUUGUUAGGGGGAAACACGGGGUGGAACCUUAUCCUUUGGCUAAUGAUGUGAGGGGUGCUUGCCCAAAACAGGUGGCCCACAUAUAUAUAUAUAUAUAUAUAUAUAUAUAUAUACUGCAUCUAGGAAGGAGUCUUUAAGACAUGUUUUAAAUGAAGAGAUUAAAAAUUACAUCAAAGUAGAGUAGGGCUAUACCUCAAUAUUCAGAGUGCUUGCUUCAUGUGUUCAAGGCCCAACAGUACAGAAAAUAAUAGAAGAUGAGAAGGAUAUUAGAGCCUCAUGCAGCGGCUCUCACUGGUCAUGUCUGUCACUGGUCAGGGUCUUGCCACAUUUACUUCAUUUAUUCCUUUCCUAUAUUAAAGUCUCAGGCAUCAUUCCAUAUCCCUGCAGUGAUGGCUUCGGUACUUUCAAGUAACUAUAGCAACUACAUCAUCCCCAGCAAAAGCAGCAGCUGGCCUUUGGUUCCAUCUCAUCACCAGUCCUUAAACCCAUAUCCCUGCUUGUCUUAAAUACGAGUGGGACACGAUGACUCUGCUUUAAAUGAGUUCCUCAGAAGGUUUCCCUAUCAGUUAAGUUUAGGAAGCACUGGAAAUUAUUAUGCUAUUUUUAAGGUUGAAGUUAUUGGUAGAGGUGCUGAAUUAUAAGUGCCAUAUUUGGAUAAAGGAACAGUUGGGGUUAUUGGUGAGAGGGAUUCAUAUGAGCAAGUUCCUUCAGAUGCUGUCUUCUCAGUAGCUGAAGACUCAGCCCCAUGCGCUCCACUGUGAUUACUUGAGGCUGUUUAGAGAAAGGAUUUUAAAAUGCACCAGACUUCAUUCAUAUGAAAGGAAUUAGGAAAAACCUUUAGAAAGUCUGUUUUAAGGAAAUGCAGUUUUCCUUUAUGAAGAGGAGCUAUGCCAUGCUUGUCAGUGUAAUGACGAGAACAGAUGGGGACUGGCCUGGAUUUCCUUCUUUGUGGGCUUGGGAGGUGUGCUGACUACAGUGCCAGAGAGGUGAGGCCUGGAUGAGGUGACUGGAGGAGCGCAUGUGGCUCCUCAGCCCUACCACUGUUGAUGGAGCCCGGUUUUACCAUGGGCUGCCUCCUGAGCUGGGAGCUUUUUGAGUUCUCCAGUGUAGAUUUGUUGAUUGUAUGUGGAAGGAACAGGUUAAUUUAAGGAAGAGGAAGUAGAGAAGAAAGGAGGAUGCAAAUGAGUAGUUAAAGAGGGAGAGAGAGGGUUAAAAGAAUGGCAGAAGGUGGAGUGAAAGAAAGAUGGAAGGAUAGUGGGGAGACGGAGAGGUGCAUGUGGAGGAAACAUGGGGUCCCUGCCUAGGUCAGCGCUUGCCUUGCGCUGCCUGGAGCCCAUGGCUUGUUAGAGUCAUCGAUACUAGGCGUGUUCCUGGCUCACUGGGCACUUAGUGGUAGUUGUCUUUUUUUUUUCCCUUCCCUGUGGAAACACAUACUUUCUAUUUUGAUGUCCUUUAGCUUCUCCAGAGGAAGUCUAUGUGAAGGGAACUGCAUUGUAAUGUCUAAAUCUCCUAUGGGUUUUCCCUAGUACUGUUAAUAAGAGCCAGUAUGGCCGUUUGUUGUUGUAAAGUCUAAUAGCUAUUUCCAACUUUUAUACAAAAAUCUCCUCAGGAAGUACUGAAAUGUUAUAAAAUAAUCCUUGGCUUGUGGCGUUGCCUGGAAUGGUGGCUGGGACAGUGGGUACAUCUACUUAUUCCUCUGCGGGGAUACUUUCUACUGAACUGUUGUCAGUAGAUUCAGGAGGACAGGAGAUAGUAGAAACAGUAAAAGCAAAACUUUAAAGAGUAUUAUUCACCGUCAGGACAGAGAGCUGGCUCAGUGAUUAUGAGCACUCGGUCCCAGCACCCACAUGGUGGUCCACAACUACCUGUAACUCCAAUUCCAGAGAUCCAACACCCUCUAACCUCUGUGGGCACCAGACACACAUGUGGUCCACAUAAAUACACACAGGCAACACAUACAUACACCUAAAAAAAUUAAAAACUACUCAUUGUCCUUUUCAGUUGCUUAUAUUAAAUAGCGCAAGCACAGCCAACCUCUUUGAGGUGUUUUUAGAAAGACGGUUGAACUGUCGUCUUAAAAAUGCUUUUGGUUUUUUGGAAUAGAGAAGAAAAAUAGAGUGUGCAAUAUGUUAGGUGUGGGGCCAGCUAUCCAUUUAGUAAGUAUAAUUUCAAGUGUCUUAAAGUAAUAAUCGCCUUACUGCAGUUUAAUAUUCAGUGGCGGGAGGCUGAGCCAACUGCCGUGUUUCGCAGUGCUCAUCUGUCCUCCGUGGCCAAGCAGCCCUUCUUUCUUUCUUCUAAAGCCUGCCUAACUUCUUCUAAUGUUUGUAAGUUUUUUAAUUCAUUGAAGAUAAGAUUUUUAAAAAAAAGCAACUCUGAGUUCUAUAGAUGUAAGACAGAUGUCUAAAAGCUGUUACAAGGAUCAGACCUGGGCAUGGUGGCACAUGACUGUUACCUAGUACUUGGGAAGGGGAGGUGCAUGCAAGGCCAGUGUGUGGCCUUUGCUGAGCUCGUGUCUCAAAAAACCACACAAACACAAAACAAACAAACAAACAAAAAAACAGAAACAAAACCAAAAAAACAAAAACCCCAGAAAACCAAAAAAGCCUCUAGCAGUGUAUGUUAGUCAAAUUUGUAGUACUUAGAAAAUCAUGAGACAGUGUGUCAUCCUAGAUUGGCCUGGGCCAUCUACAGUUGAUUACACAGCAGUGUCAGGUUUACUUCUGAGAGCUUGUCACCUCAUCCUAGCUAAUCAUUACAAGGAUCUCCUGGGAUUUCCUUAGACUUCUAUAAAUUUAUGUUUCAGCCAGGAGCUUUGUAGGGAGUUUCCCUCAAUAAUACUGUGAACUAGACAUUUUACUAUCAACCUUGAGAAUUGAUUGGGACCUUUGACCUGUGUAGAUUACAUAUGCAGUAUGACUAUUAGAGCAUCUUCACGUAUGUGGCACACCAUGUCCGCUCCUUCUAGAAGUUCAUUAAGAGAUGGUGACAUCUUAUAUGUCAUUUAAAAAGUAAAUUGUUUCACUGUGGUAGUUCAGUGGGGUACUACUAUUUGAACUGUUGCAAGUGGACUUUUUAAAAGUAAAAAUACUAUAAUAGCUAUUUUCAGCUUUUGUAUAAAAUCUCUUCAGGGAAUACUGAAAUGUUAUAAAAUAACCCACAGCUUGUGGCCUUGUUCUGGACUGUGCCUAUUCAGAGUUCAGCAGAACAUGCCUUUAUUACAUGAAUUCAUCGAUACGUGAGAGCUGGGUCAGAGGAAUUUGAUGAGCUCUGUAUCAGAAGGUCUGUGAGGUGGAAAUGAGAACCUGGAACAGGCUGCAAGUGUUCAUUUUUGCCAAGCAUUUGCUUGAGUCUGUUACUGUGCGGAGCACAGCUGUCUGAAGCUGCAGGAAGGUGUCGUGAUGAGCCAUGCUGUGUAGACAGUACUGCCUCAGAACUUCUUUUACCUUAAAAUGGUUUGGUUUUAUAAUAAUGGGGUAUCUUUAAGUCACUUGUGUAUCUUGAGAAUUCUUAACGGGGAGUAUAAAAGUGUAGCCUCGGGGUCUAGCCUACCAGUAUUGGAAGAUGCCUUGUUCUGUUCUGGACGGCUCAGCUCAGGUGUUUCUUGAGAAACUUGAUUGCUGUUACUAAAUAUGUACUCAAUAAAUGUUGGAUUUCCUCA